GUUACGUUAUAAACAUCCAAAACGCUAUUGCGCUUUUUGUCGCGUCCAAAAAUGAUUGUUACAAUACUUUUAAUAUUUAUUAUUAUAAUAAUUAUUGCGUUAGUUUGUGAUUAUUAUGUGCAUCAUACAAGAGCCGGACGACUGAUCGAUAAAAUACCGGGACCGAAGGGCAUUCCGAUUGCUGGCUUUGCACUUAAAAUGCUAGUUUCACCAGAAAAAAUAUGGUUACUUUUACGUCACUUCACGGAAAAGUAUUAUCCUACUGUGAAAAUAUGGGGUUUCUUUUUGCCCGCCGUAUCUAUCCGUCAUCCAGAUGAUCUAGAGGCAAUAUUAAACAACACAAAGCAUAUCGAAAAAAGCAAAAUAUAUAAACUUUUGCAUGCUUGGUUAAACACUGGACUUCUUACCAGCUCAGGGGCCAAGUGGCAUUCCCGACGGAAGAUAUUAACGCCUACAUUUCAUUUCAAUAUAUUGCAGCAGUUUGUUGAUAUUUUAUUGGAGGAGAGUGAACGCAUGACACAUAAAUUAAAGAAUAUUGGUGGAACAGUUGAAAUAGAUGUAAUACCGUUUGUUUGUGAACACACACUAAACGCAAUAUGCGAAACUGCCAUGGGUACUUCUCUGCAUAGUCUCAGUACGGCCCAAAAUAAAUAUCGACAAGACGUUCGUCAAAUGAGUCAGCUUAUUGUUUAUAGAUUAUUAAGGCCCUUGCUACAUCCCGACCUGACAUUCGCGUUGACGUCCGCGAGCAAACUGCAAAAGAAGAUACUAAAAAACUUGCACGGGUUCACUGAAAAAAUUAUUGCAGAAAGAAAACUUUAUCAUCAACGCACGGAUAAUAAAUAUUUACAUAAUUUAGCAAAUGCGAUGGAAACAGAUGACAUAACAAUACACGGAUCUCGAAGAAAGCGACUUGCUAUGCUGGAUCUUUUAAUAGCAGCCUCGCAGGAAAAUCAUUUGAGUGAUUUAGAUAUCAGAGAGGAAGUGGAUACCUUCAUGUUUGAAGGUCAUGACACAACAGCAAUGGCUACAUGCUUUACUUUGUUACUGUUAGCUGAGCACAAGGAUAUUCAGAAUCGCGUCAGGGAUGAGGUCAAUACAGUGAUGGAACAAUUUGAGGAGAAAUUGACUAUGCCGGCCCUACAGAGUCUAUCGUAUUUGGAAAGAUGCUUGAAAGAAUCGAUGCGGCUGUACCCUAGCGUGCAUUUCAUAGCGCGAGAUACUGGGGAGGAUUUGAAAUUACGUGAUUCGAAUAUAAUACCCGCUGGAACAAUCGUACAUCUCAAUAUUUACAGUGUUCAUAGAGAUCCCAAUUUCUGGCCGAAUCCCAAUGUAUUUGAUCCAGACAGAUUUUUGCCUGAAAAAAUACAAAGGCGUCAUCCUUAUUCAUACCUGCCGUUCAGCGCGGGAUCACGGAAUUGUAUUGGCCAACGAUUCGCUAUGUUGGAAAUGAAGGCCAUGAUAGCUACUCUCGUACGCAACUUCUAUUUGGAACCUAUUGAUUAUCUCAAAGACAUGCAGAUAACUGCUGAACUAAUACUUCGACCUAACCACCCACUGAAUGUAAGAUUUGUCCCAAUAGAAAACAUUUGAAGCAAACACGGAUUCUUUGAGUGUAACAAGCGAACACAAAUAGGUUACAGAAAUCCAAGAAUUGUCGAUUUAAUAAGUACACACCCAUACACACACAUAUGCACACAAUUUUAGUGAAUAUUUUAAUUUAAUUGUGUAAAUUUAAUAUGAUUUAAUAUCAUGUUUCACCGUCGAUGAAUGGGCAAAUGCACCGAUUUAAAACAUAUUAUGUCAUGAUAUGUAGGAGAUACCAUAGAUGUAGACAGAUUGUUAACGAUAUUGUCGGUAUUAUAUUUAAGAUGAAUUGAUAUAUUGAUAUAUUGACUCGUUCUGAGUAUGAUAUAAGAUGGAGAACAUUCAGGCCGACAUCUACAUAUAAUAAUAACUUCCAGGUAUUGUAGUAAUGGUUUAGAAAUAUCAAAUCAUUCGCUAAUUUCCACAUAAUUUUGAUUGGAUUUCGAUAUUAUUUCGACCUGAAUUUUUAUAGACACUUGAAUUCAGGUUUUGCUUGAUAAAAGUAACAAGUUACUAUUAGUUAGUUGACAAAUGUAAUGUAAUUUUUUUUCUGUUCUUGAUAAAUAUUAUUUGAUUAUUUUAUAGAAUUUUUUCCAUAUAUCCUAUAUCUAUAAUCUAUAUUUAAGCUGCUUUUUAUAAGAAUAUUGUUUACACACCAAUUUAGAUACUUGUGUGUGUGUGUGUAUGUGUGUUUAGAAUAUUUUUUAUAACAUCUAAAAAAAAUUAAAAAACCCUCCAAAUAUAUAAAAUUUCCUUUAAAAAAAAGAGUAAUGUUCUUAUGAAACAACCAAUUUGCAUAAAUAUACCUUUGAACUCAAGUUGUAUACAGAAAAACUUAAAACGUUAUAAGAAUUAUCAGGAUUAUAAAUAUAGUACUACAUAGUAUAAUAUGGUUUUAAAUGUCGCUUAGAUGUACACUUAGUAUCUAAUAAGUGCUUCUAGAAAUAUUUACAAACAUGACGCAAGUGUUUCGUAAUUUGACUUUUUUACACCGUUAAUUUAUCAGAUAUAAAACAUGCUGUGUAAUUAUGCUAAUAUAAUUGGUAUGUAUUUGCGUAUUGAUGAAUAACGUGAAGAAAAAAAAAACGUUUAAAGUUCAUGUUCAUAUAACACACAAUAAGUAUACAAUGUGUGAUAUAUUAAAUAUAGUAUUUUAAUGUGUUUAGGUAUACUAUUAUAAUACGUUAUAAAUGUUGCUUAGAUGGAUAUGUAGUGCUUAGAUGCAUAUGUAGUGCCUUUAAGUACUUCUAAGAAUACCUACAAACAUGACAAAAGCAUUUCAUAAAUUUCGUAUCCGUUAAUUAUACGAUCAAUUUUUUCGUAAUAAUAAAUCCGCGCAAUAGCUCGAGUGCUCCUCUCUUAGCACCUUGAUACACACUUUCUCUCUCGUUCUUUUAUUCAAUAUAAAAUUAAUAUCUUGAUGAUUUUUGCGAAUAUCAUAGAACGGUAUAACUUGUGUGUUCAUUUCAAUCUGUUCUUUUACAAGCGGCGCCACAAGUGUUACCUGACACAUUGUAUAUUGUUAACGAUGUUUACAAAAAAUAGUAAUAAAAAUUCAAAUACGUGUUUAUCCUCAGCUUUAUAAACUCGACAUUUACAUUAACAAGACUCAAUACUGUGUCGACAGUUUGUAUAGAUAUAUUCCCGAGCGUACACGUUGCACUGUUCCGACACUUAAUUACGUUAUAAACAAUUGAAACGUUAUUGUUUACUAUCCUCUUUUAUUGCGUUUAUUGUCGCGUCCAAAAAUGAUUGUUACAAUACUAUUAAUAUUUAUUAUUUUAGUAAUUAUUAUUAGCGUUUGCUUAUGAUUAUUAUGUGCAUCAUACAAGAGCCGGACGUCUGAUCGACCCAUGACCCAUUUUUUGGCAUCUUUAUAAGAAUGGAAUUGCUGCUCAGCCAGGCUAUGUGCCAUCGAUUGGAACAAGUGAUAAUCGGAAAGGACAAUGUCUGGUGAAUACGGCGGAUGGGGUAGGACUUCCCAUUUAA